AUGGUUCGGUAUAUCCCAGGAUUAACAACAACGGGUGUUACCCCGGUAACGCGCCCAGUCGAUCCCCUAACGGAUCUGACCCGACUUCUCAACCGUCUCCAACAAACCAUCCUGCGCGCCGACGCCGAGCGCGAAGCUAGACUACGAGCAAGCGAGUAUGAAAGAGAGAAGGCGCAAGCAAACAUCAAAUAUGCCCGAUCACUCCUCACCAAGCUAGAGCAGGAGGCAUUAGGGGUCAAGAUCCACGUCCGGAAGAACGAAAUCCAAUCCGACUUAAUACGGAAGCGAGAAAUUAUCGAACAACUCACGGAGCGUCUGAGCGACUUGGCCGAGAUCGCCGCGGCAGAAGAGGCCAGCAAGCAUGGAGGAGAGGGUGAGGAUGGGCAAGAUAGCUCCGACAGUGAGGAUAUUCUUGCCGACAUAAUAGCGACACCAAGCGAGAGUUUGGAUUCCAACAAAUCACCCGGUGCGCCGGCACUUGAGGAAGAGGAGGAAGAGCACGGUUGGGGCGACGACCAGGACCAGGACCAGGAUCAGGGAGCAGAGGAGGCACCAAACGCUGAAGAAAGGGGACAGCAACCACACAACCAGGACUGGAACGAAAAGAAAGGGGCAGACAGAGAAGAAAUGGAGGAGACGAGUCAACAACCAGAAUCGCUCUCCGAAAAGCACCCAUACCCAGAAACAACCACCACCCAAAUAAUCCGCCCCCGCCGACAGCCCAACGACGACGUAACCAACGAAAAGCCAACAGCACAAACAACCUCCUCCUCCCUGCUCCCACCCUCAACAACAACAACAACUUCAACACAACCAGGAACCAUCUCCGCCACCGCUGAAGCCAUCCUCGACAACCAGCGAGCCGAGCAAGACGCGCUCUCUGAGUCCAUCCUCAAGCUCGCCACUGAGCUCAAGGCUUCCUCGCAGGCAUUUCUUCGUACCUGGAUGAAGAUAAAGAAGUCAUGGAGAGGGCGGGCGAAGGCAUGA